UCAACACGGUAGGUACACAGGGAAAGGAGGGGAAGAGCUUUUGUAGGGAGGGGGCGGAAGGACACGGCUCGCAGGCAUUGCAUUAGGCAGGGACCACACUUCAUCUUAGCUGGCAUCGGCAGUGCAGGGAAGCUUGUGCAAAACGCUCACCAGGGUGAUUUUUUCUCUGCAAAUCAGGGCAGUUUUGAGAGAUAUUUGCCUCGUGUGUUGUCUUCAGGUUCCGUGAAGUUUGUGAUUACAACCAGUCAAUCUGAUCGCAGGCCUUCCUCAUUUGACCGAUGAUUAGCAUUUGAGAGUUACUAGGCAGGGCUCAGGAGGUUGUUUUGGAAGAAAGCCCAUUCUGCAACUUGCGUUGCACGCAAGACAGACAUCCCUCCAUUGUUGCGACUGGACAAAGUCGCACUUGUACAUUACAUUAGUAUUUAUGCAGAUUUCUAGAAAGGCUAAGCAACCAGUGUCUCAUUAGCAGCGUGUUCGAUUAGCGUCAGGGCACAAGUAGCCGGGGCUCAGCCAGUCACUGCCAGUCCUUCGCAGACAACUGAAGCAGGAGAUCACUUCAAGGACUGUUUGAUCCGCGAUGGUUGUCAAAAGAGCGCAGGUCCCUUUGGUCUGCCAUGGCCAUUCCAGGCCUAUUGUGGAUCUCUCAUACAGCCCGGUCACUGAUGAUGGUUUCUUCCUUAUGAGCGCGAGCAAAGAUGGCAAGCCAAUGCUGCGUAAUGGAGAGACUGGCGAUUGGAUUGGAACUUUUGAAGGCCACAAAGGAGCAGUCUGGGGAGCUUGUCUUGACCCGUCUGCAACAAUAGCCGCAACGGCAUCAGCAGAUUUCAGCGCGCGUGUGUGGGACGCGCUAAGUGGCGAGCUAAUGCACUCGUUUGACCACAAGCACAUUGUGAGGAGCGUCGAUUUUGCCAAGAGCGGGAAGAAGAUUGUGACAGGGGGCGCUGAAAAGCUGAUCCGCAUCUUUGAUCUUGAGAGACCAGACGCAGACCCGGUGAUCAUUGGAGGAGCUCCAGCGACUGUUCGCAUCAGCUUGUUCCAUGAGAAUGACAGCACUAUUUUGGCCGCCUUUAAUGACAACACGGGAGUAAGGCUGUACGAUAUCCGGACGGGCCAGCCAGUCCGCAACCUGGAGACCAAGUGCCCGACAACCAGCGUGGAGAUCUCCCGCGACGGCCAGUUCAUCACGACCGCGGACGGCAAGGACGUCAAGAUCUGGGACGCGCACAAGUUCUCUCUCGUCAAAAGCCACACCCUCCAGCACGCCGCCGAGUCCGCGACCCUCUUCCCCUCCAUCAAGCGGUUCGUUGCAGCCGGCAACGACAUGUGGGUGCGCCUCUUCGACUCAGAGACGGGGGAGGAACUAGAAUGCAACAAGGGCCAUCACGGGCCAGUUCACUGCGUGCGCUUCGCGCCAGGCGGAGAGUCUUACGCUUCGGGGUCCGAGGACGGCACCAUUCGGAUCUGGAAGACAGUCGUCGGCAACGGGAACGAUGGGGAUGCUGGAGAGGGGAGCUCUAAGCAGGAGGCCGCGGAGGACAACGGGGUAGAAAAGUCGCAAGCAGAGGAGUUUCCGGUGUUAGGGGGCGCAGUAAAAGCUGUAGGAAAUGUUGUGCAAAGUAUUACGCAGAAGGUAGCUGGUCUGAAAGUGAACGGUGACAAGACAUGAUGUCUCAUUUGUGGAUGCAGAUUGUUCCUUGUAUCGAAGCUUGCCAUAUGGACAUUGUCAAGGUGCCGAGGUGAUCACUGUCUAGCAUGAUUUUGGCA